UAUUGUGAUGAAACAAAACGCAUAUAACCUCAAAAAAUAAUGCAGUGCUGAGAUCCGUAAAACAAGAAUAUUUAAAACGUUCCCUCAGACUUUUGUUCAAACUCAAGGCUCAGUAAAUUUUUACAUAUAGCAAUGGCUGAUACAGAAGAAUACUUUCCUCGUGGGGGGAAGAAGCCAACUAUCACAUACUUCAAACAAAGUGGAAACUUUUUAGGUGCAGCUGAAAAGGGAGAAAAGAAGAAAAAAAAGCAGAAGAAGAAGUCGGAUGCAGAUGAUGGAUAUUUAUCAGACGAAGCUACUAACGAUGUUGACCAGUCCUACAAAAACUGCGCUGCGCGGCUUACCUAUAAGACUAUUAAACCAGGAGUCUUGGUCCUCGGUCGCAUUGGUCAGGUGCAUGAAACCAAGCUGACUGUGAUGCUGCCGGGCAAAAUGUCCGGCACCGUGAUGGCUUGUCAUAUCAGCGAGCCAUACAAUAAGUUAUUGCAGGCCUAUGUCAAUGAUCAGACAGACAAAGUGACAGAGCUCCAAGAGAUGUUCCGGCGCGGGCAAUAUGUGGCCGUCAAGGUGUUGGAGGUGGAAGGCACUCGCCUCAUGCUGUCCAUGAUGCCACAGCAUGUCAAUAUGGCCAAGAAACAUAGUGACGUGCUGAAGAGUGAUUUGCUCCAAGCGGCCGUGGUGUCCGUGGAAGACCACGGCUACGUCAUGGACAUUGGUAUCGCCAACUCAAGACCUUUCUUACCUAAGAGCAAUACCAACCCUGAUGUACAUCUUGAUGUGGGCGUGCUGACAUGGUGUACGGUGAAAUCGGUAACGUCAACGGCCGACAACAGCAUAGUGACCCUCAGCAACCAGCUGGAAGCCCUGCAGCGAGCGUCCGCCCGAGCCAGCUCCGUGACGCUGCUGACACCGGCCACUCCGCUGCAGUUCACCGUAGAUAAGCCUCUAGAGAACGGCAUCGAGGGCAGCGUGCUGGGCGGCGAGCGGGCGUACAUUCAGCGCGACCACGCCGAUAAAGUUAACGGGAAGAAACCCAAGCUUGGACAGAAGAUCCGCGCCCGAGUGCUGUACGUGAUACCUAUCCGCAACACGCCGUUCCUCACCAUGAAGGAGAUCUUCUCCACCACGUACCCCGACAUGGAGGACGAGCAGAAGAUCAAGGAGGGAGAGAUUAUUGAUGAGGCCCAGGUGAUCAGAAUCCUGGGCCGCACGGUCUACUUCAAGCUGGGCCUAGGUUGCGUCGGCUCCAUGAGUCUCAAGGGGAUACAAGUGGACGAGACCCUCACUGAUGAGCAUAUAGUGGCCAAGUCGUAUCCGGUUGGCAGCAGCCACAAAGUCCGCGUGGUGUCGUACAACCUGAGCGACUACUCGUACACGGUGAGCGACCAGCCCUCCGCGCUGCGCGAGCGCCACUUCGCGCCGGAGCAGCUGCGCGCGGGCGAGGCGGUGCGCGCGCGCAUCUCGCGCGUAGCCGAUGAUCACGUGCUGGUGCAGUUCGGCAGGAUCACUGGGUUCGUGCCGCAGACACAUUUAACCGACUCGGGCGUAUUCGUGGACCCCAAGAAAGCAACCAAAUCCAAGUUAUCCAAAAAGUAUAAGGUUGGACAAGAAGUACAAGCUAGAGUGUUGCUGGUGGACAUGGCAAAACAGUCUGUUCUGCUGACGCUGAAGCCCUCGCUGCUGGCCGAGGACGUGGAAGCGCUGGCCAGCUACGAGGACGCUGAGCUAGGGAAGGCAUACACCGGGUGUAUAAGGGUCAUACGCAACGACUACAUGCUGGUUUCGUUCUUCAACAACGUGACGGCGUACAUUCCCCGCCAGUACAUCACCAGGGAGCCAAUAGAGAAUCUAUCAGAUGUGUUCCACGCGGGUCAAAUUGUGAAAUGCACAAUAGUACGAGUCUAUCCAGAAAAUAAGAAGAUGACGGGAAGUCUUGUAACCGAGCCAUUCGCUGGAAAAGUUCGAGAAAAGGGUGAAAAAAGAAAAAUAAAUGACAUUGAAGAGCAAGAUGUUCCCACCAAAAAGAAGAAGCCCGAAGAUUCACCGGAAGAAUUAAAAGAAAAGAAGAAGAGAAAUAAAACCAAAGAAGAAGAUUCUACGGAAGAUAAACCAAAAAAGAAAAAAGAUAGAAAGAAAUCUGAAUCUGACACCGACCAUAUGGAACAUGAUAUCGCUGAUAGAAAGCAAAAGAAGAAGGCAAGUGAAGAAGAUAACAAUGAGGAAAGAACAAAAGUUUCCGAAGAAAGUGACGCCAUAGAGACUGACGUGUACGACGACUCGGAACCGAUUUUGACGCCACAGGAAUUGGAACUCACAGACACGUCAAAUUGCAACGACAUAAGGAAAUGUAAAAAACGCGUUAUAUCACUUCUAAAAGCUAUAAACGCCAGGCAAAUGAGAAUAGAUAGAAUAGAAGAGAAGAUAGCUAAAAUAGAAAAGAAAGGUUUGACAGCCAGGAAUAAAAUGUUCCAUACGGCUAUGCAUUCGGAAAUAUUAGUUGUGAAAGAAAGGGCUAAGAAAUUGUUGGCAACGUUAACACAAGUGCAAGGGAAGUUGAAAGAGUUGGGUUAUAAAGAAAACAAUGAUGUUAUUGAAUUGGCCGAUCCCGAAAAUGAACAAGAAACAGUAAAAGCGAAUAAAAGGAAAGAUACUGAAACAGAUUUGGGUGAUGAAGAACAAGAUAUUGUUAAAAAGAAUAAAGAAAAGACUAGAAAGGAAAAGAAGGAGAGAAAGAGUAAGAAAGAAGACGUGAAGGUGGUGGAAAGUCUGGAGCCGGUGCUGGAGGUGCCCAGUGCUAAGGAUUUCUGGGCGGCGCCUGAUGUGAGUGCGCAGAAGGAGGAAGAAGAUGAUCUUAGCAGUAGUGAUGAUGAGGCAAAAGAUCAACCCAAAAAGAAACGCAAGAAGCUGUCAGUCGCCGAGAAACUAUCUAAGUUGCGCGAAGAAGAAGAAAGGACGCGGACACUGGAACGUAUGGCCGCCGAGGGCGACUCGCACCCGCGCUCGGCCGAGCACUUCGAGCGAGCGAUACUCGCCUCGCCCGCCGCCAGCCAGCUGUGGAUCGGCUAUAUGGCCUUCCAUUUGCAGUCAACAGAGAUAGAGAAGGCGCGCGCGGUGGGCCGGCGGGCGCUGAGCUGCAUUCCGUUCCGCGAGCUGCGGGACAAGCUGAACGUGUGGCUGGCCAUGAUCAACCUGGAGAACAGGUUCGGCACCAAGGAAAGCCAACAGAAGAUUCUAGAAGAAGCUUUACAGAUGAACGAACCUUACGACAUUCACUCUAAACUGCUGGACAUCUACGUGGAGACCAGCAAACAACACGAGCUGACUUCCUUAGUAGACCUCAUGAUGAGGAAGUACAAACGGGAUCCCAACGCUUACAUCCAGGCGGGGAACGCCUGCUUCAGACUCGGGCUGGUGGAGAAGGCGAGGCAGGUCAUGCAGAAGGCGGUCAGCGUGCUGGAGAAGAAAGAACACGUGUCUGUCUUAGUACAAUUCGCUCUGCUCGAGCGCUCCCACGGCGAUAAAGAGCGCGCGGAAGCGUUGUUUGAACAAAUACUAGCUGUUUACCCGCAAAGAGUGGACGUCGUGGCGGUGUACAUUGACAUGCUACUGAAAGGAGGCGACGUCGAUAGUAUAAGACAAGUAAUGGAGCGUAUGACAUCUCAAAAAUUGCCAGCAAGAAAAAUGAAGACAUUAUACAAGAAAUGGAUCGAAGUGGAGGAGAAGAUCGGUGAUGAGGAGCAGAUCGACAGGAUACGGCAGAGGGCCAUGGCGUUUAUAGAGAAAGCCAAGUUUUAGUGUUAUAGAAAUAUAAUAGUGGAAUUAACAUUUUUGAAAUAAUAAUGAAUAAACUCUGUUAAUACUUAAA